AGUAGCGCCUCGGCGAUACUCGUACUCGUAUAGAAAGAUGCUGAUGGACGCCUCGCAGAUGGAAGAUCUGACUCACAGACUGUCGCCGAGGAGCUUCGGUUCUAUCAGGCUACCCACUUCCUGCGAUUCUUCUCCUUGUACCGAUACCAUCGUCCAACCUCAGCUCUUCAUUUAUCUGCGAUUCGGAGGCAGCGCCGAAGCCACCUAGGAUGGUGAGACGACUGCCAGACGGCAAGAAUUUGCCGACGGCACCGGCAAGUGACCGUCUGUAGAAAAGCGGAAGGGCAACCCUUCAAAAGAGGGGGAAUUGAUAAACUUCACUCACAAGAACGAGGCGUCUUCAUACUUUUCGUUACAUGCCCCUCGCGAUGGAAGGAAAUCAGAAGCUCAGCGACCUCUGCGAGGUGUUCUACGUCGGCGGCAAAUAUAUCAAGGAUGAUCGAGGAACCCACAUGUCGGGACAAAUCUGCGUGCGGCGCUUUGGAAAGAAAGUCGAUAACCGACCGGCAAUCAUCUACAUCCAUGGAGCCGCGCAGACGGGCACUCAUUGGGAGUCUACGCCGGACGGUCGACCUGGGAUCGCCUUGCUCCAGGCAGACGAAGGCUGGGAAUGCUACGUCGUCGAUCAGCCCGGCGUUGGAAGGUCGCGAUAUCACGCCCAUGACCUAGGAGAGCUCACCCACUAUACGGUAGAGGAAUUAGAAGAAUCUUUCACUGCGCCUCCGCAUGAUUCAUAUCCUCAGGCAAAACUGCUUACUCAAUGGCCAGGCACCGGCAAGAGGGGAGAUGCCUUCUUCGACGCCUUCUAUGCCAGCCAAGUCGGACAUCGUGCAAAAUACCGAGACGUGGAGCGGACCUUUCGUCCUCUUGCCAAAGACCUCCUCUCUCGUACAGGGCCGGCCUUUUUGGUGACACAUUCGCAAGCAGGUCUAGUAGGCUGGCACAUCGCGGACGAGUGCCCUGACAUGGUCAAAGGGAUUGUGGCUUUAGAGCCGAAUGGCCCGCCGUUCAUCUACCCAGGCAUGCCCAAGUUCUACACCAGGACGCAAGUUGUCCAGCCGGGGACCUUUGUGCGUCCGUUCGGUAUCACAUCAACUCCAUUGACCUACGAUCCUCCUCUACCCGACGGCGCGAAAUUUCUAGAGUUCACGCGGGACUCGAACGGAACCCAGGACAAGAAUCGUGUACCCGGGGCGCGGCUGAAGGAUCCCGCACCGAAGCUGCCAAACCUGGCUUCUAUUCCUAUUGUUGUGGUAACGGCUGAAGCAUCUUACCACGCCACGUACGAUCAUCAUACAGUCCAGUUCUUCCACGAUACCGGAGUGCCCGUUGAACAUGUAUAUCUGGCGGAUCGAGGCAUACGCGGCAACGGCCAUCUCUUCGCCAUUGAGAAGAAUAACAAGGAGAUCCAGCAGUUCAUCAGCCAGUGGCUGACCGAGACGAUGGCAAAGAAUGCUUCGAAAUAGACAGUUGAGUUGCUAGAGAAGGAAUAGACCCUCUGAUGCGCAAGUGUUAACAAGAAACUGCACUGCGGAGAGGAGCUUGCAUCCUCGGGCGAUCUUCUCUUUUAGUGCUCCGAUACUUACUCUGGAUAUAGAUGCUCCGGUAGCUGUAAUUACAGGCCUCUCUCUCCCUUAUUUAGGCGGGCUUCUACGCUCAUUUGCCUCUUUGAAGGCCUAAAUUAAACUCUUGGGGCCUGAUCGGCGGUAUUCUACAUAGGAUAGAUAUACGCG